AUUUUUUUCUUCAGUGGAGGUUCAGAAAGCUCACUAGGCCCAUUUCUACUUUAGUUUAACACUCCACCUCUUGUUGUGCAUUUACACCUAGGAACAGGUGGAGACAGUUUAGUGAAAGACUGAACAGCUUCAGCAGUCUUGGCUUUACAUGAUGCAAGCCAACUAUACAUUUAGUGAUUGAAGUCGUCCCUGAGUGAACACGGUGUACAGAUGCGUACAGACAGCAGCCUCAGAGCACCCAUCUAAUACUAUGGAGACUACAAAGGCAGACAGCAGGCGCAAUCCUUUGGCCACUGCCAGCUUUUUUUCUAGGGUCUUUUUGUGUUGGUUAAACCCCCUGAUAUGGCUUGGCCAAAAACACAGGCUCGAGAGAAGUGACAUGUACAGCGUCCUUCCGGAGGAUCGGUCUGAAACCCUGGGAAAGGAGCUGCAGAGAUGUUGGAACAAUGAAGUUAGAAAGGCUUCAAAGGAACUACGGAAGCCGCAGCUCUCCAGGGUUCUUAUAAAGUGCUAUGGAAAGUCCUAUGCAUUAGCCGGCCUAUUUGAAUUUUUUCUGGAGGCAAUCAAAGUGAUCCAGCCACUUCUUCUGGGGAAAAUAAUCCUUUUCUUUGAGAAUUAUCACCCAGAUGAUCAGAGAAGUCUUUGCAUGGCGUAUGUUUACGCUGCUGCAAUGUCCAUCUCCACAUUUGGACUGACUAUCCUCCAACAUCUCUACUACUAUCAUGUCCAAAGAAAUGGCAUGAGGAUUAGAGUGGCUAUGUGUCACAUGAUCUACAGGAAGGCUCUUGGUCUCAGCACUGAAUCCAUCGGACGAACAACCACCGGUCAAAUAGUGAACCUACUUUCAAAUGAUGUUAAUCAUUUUGAUGAGAUUACACUCAGACUGCACUACUUGUGGGCGGGACCUCUGCAAGCAAUGGUGAUCAUCAUUUUCCUUUGGUAUGAGAUCGGCCCCUCGUGCCUGGCAGGUGUGGCAACAAUUGCAGUUAUGAUGCCGAUACAGACCUGGUUUGGAAAACUCUUCGGCAUCUUCAGGAGCAAAACAGCAGUCCUUACGGACAGCAGAAUCCGUAUCAUGAAUGAAGUGGUGUCUGGCAUAAGGAUAAUCAAGAUGUAUGCCUGGGAGAAACCGUUCUCAGCCCUGGUGACUGAAGUUAGAAAGAAAGAAAUGAGUCGGAUAUUAAAGAGCUCCUACUUACGAGGACUCAACAUGGCUUCCUUCUUUGCCAGCAACAAGCUCAUAAUCUUUGUUACCUUCACGGUCUACACUCUUUUGGGGAACACCAUGACUGCCAGCCAGGUGUUUGUCACCAUGUCCCUGUAUGGUACAAUUAAGGUCACCCUGACCCUGUUCUUUCCUCUGGCCAUUGAGAAGUUGUCAGAGACUGUGGUGAGCAUUCGCAGGAUUAAGAAUUUUCUCCUACUGGAAGAGAUUGAGAGAAAAAACAUUAGGUUGCCUUUGGCGGAAAAGGGUGAAAACUCUAUUGAGAUCGAGAAACUGACCUGCUACUGGGAUAAGAGUUUGGAUGCACCAUCUCUUCAGAAUGUUUCCAUCACAGCAAAGUCACAUCAACUUCUGACCGUAAUCGGACCAGUGGGGGCCGGAAAGUCAUCCCUACUGAGUGCAAUCCUGGGAGAGCUUCCUUAUGACACAGGCACACUGAAGAUCAAAGGUCAGCUAACCUACGCAUCCCAGCAACCGUGGGUGUUCCCUGGAACCAUUCGCAGCAACAUCCUUUUUGGGAGAGAACUUAACCCCAAGAAAUAUGAGCGGGUCCUUAGAGUCUGUGCUCUGAAGAAGGACCUGGAGAUGUUCCGAGAUGGAGACCUGACACUGAUUGGAGACAGAGGAGCCACACUCAGUGGGGGACAGAAAGCUCGUGUAAACCUGGCGAGGGCUGUGUAUGAGGAUGCAGACAUCUACCUUCUGGAUGACCCUUUAAGUGCUGUGGAUGCAGAAGUUGGAAAACAUCUUUUCGACAAGUGUAUCUGUGGCUUGCUGAAGAACAAGUGUCGUAUCCUGGUCACACAUCAGCUACAACAUCUGAGGGACGUUGACCAGAUCCUGGUCCUCAAGGAGGGUCAAAUCAUGGUCCAGGGAACCUACAGUGAGCUGCAGUCCACUGGCCUCGAUAUGGUGUCCCUGCUGAGAAGUGAUGAGGAGCAGGAGCAAAUGUCUCAAUUUGCUGACCCAGAAAAACUGUCUUUACAAAGUCGGUGGACAAAUGAUUCUGACAGUUCACACUGUUUCCUCAACUGUCCCCUUCCACCAGAAAGCACCUACACUGACCAUCUUCCUGUUGAAGCUAUUCAAACUAUUGCAGAGGAGACACGAGCUGAUGGAAAUGUCAGCAGUCAAGUUUAUUUUACAUACUUCACGGCAGGCUGUAGCCUUCUGGUUUUAAUGGUUAUAGUAUUUCUAAGUAUUAUAGCUGAGGUGGCAUAUAUCCUUCAGGACUGGUGGUUGGUAUACUGGGCAAGACAUGAUUUUACUAACGGCACAAACAGCAGAGUCACUGGUGUUAGCCUUAAAAGUGGAAUGAAUGUUACUAGUUACCAAGAGUUUAAUCUCUCUUUUUACCUCAGCGUUUAUUCAGGCUUGACAGCAGCAGCUGUGGUUUUUGGUUUUGCCAGGAGUUUAGUGAUAUUUCACGGACUGGUGAGAUCAGCUCAGACUCUGCACAACAGCAUGUUUAGUGCUGUGCUCCACACUCCUGUUAGCUUCUUUGAUGUCAACCCCAUAGGAAGAAUACUCAACAGGUUUUCCAAAGACGUCAGCCAAAUGGACUCCAUGCUACCUAUCACCUUUGUGGACUUCUAUCAAUUAUUUUUACAGAAUGUUGGCGUUAUCGCGGUGGCAGCCUCAGUUAUUCCUCUCAUCCUCAUCCCUGUUGUGCUUCUCAUGUUAAUCUUUCUGUAUUUGAGGAGCUUGUACCUUCGUACCUCACGUGAUCUCAAACGCCUUGAGUCAACAACUCGGAGUCCAGUUCUCUCACACCUGUCCUCUUCCCUUAAUGGUCUUUCUACAAUCAGAGCUUCCAGAUCAGAAGAGAAGUUAACGAAAGACUUUGAUGUCCAUCAGGACCUGCACUCAGAGGCCUGGUUUUUGUUCCUGAUGACCUCCCGCUGGUUUGCACUACGCCUCGACAGCAUUUGCUCCAUAUUUAUUACCCUCACAGCAUUUGGCUUGAUAUUACUCAGAGAUGGGCUGGUGGCUGGAGAGGUAGGCCUGGUUCUUACCUAUGCUGUGACACUGAUGGGAAACUUCCAGUGGACAGUGAGACAAAGUGCCGAAGUGGAGAACAUGAUGACAUCAGUGGAGAGGGUGGUGGAGUACACUGAGCUAAAAAAUGAAGGGCCCUGGGAAACUCAGCAGCGUCCUCCCUCUGAUUGGCCGAGCCAAGGAAUGAUAACCUUUAAUCGAGUGAACUUCUUCUACAACACAGACGGACCGCCGGUCCUCAAAGAGAUUAGUGCCACGUUUCAAGCCAAAGAGAAGGUCGGUAUUGUGGGUAGAACAGGAGCGGGGAAAAGCUCUCUGGUCUCGGCUCUGUUCCGCCUGGCAGAGCCCCAGGGGAAGAUCUACAUCGACAGUGUUGUGACCUCUGAGAUCGGCCUCCAUGACCUGCGCCAGAAGAUGUCCAUCAUUCCUCAGGACCCAGUUCUGUUUACUGGCACUGUGAGGACAAACCUGGACCCUUUUAACCAGCAUAGUGAUGAAGACCUGUGGAAAGCUCUGGAAGAGGUACAGCUGAAGUCUGUGGUGGAGGAGCUCCCUGGAAAGUUGGAGGCUGUCUUGGCUGAGUCGGGCUCCAACUUCAGUGUGGGCCAGAGGCAGCUGGUGUGUCUAGCUAGAGCCAUCCUGAGGAAGAACCGCAUCCUCAUCAUCGAUGAAGCCACAGCUAACGUGGACCCGAGGACAGACGAGCUGAUCCAGAAAACCAUACGAGACAAGUUCGAAGAAUGCACAGUGAUCACUAUCGCGCAUCGCCUCAACACCAUUAUAGACAGUGACCGCAUACUUGUGCUGGACAGCGGGACCAUCCAGGAGUUCGACCACCCCUAUACCCUGCUGCAAAACAAAGAAGGUGCUCUCUACAGGAUGGUGCAACAGAUGGGCCAGGCUGAGUCAGCAUCUCUACUGGAGUCAGCUAGACAGGCAGCACAGAGGUCCUGAAAGUCUGUGGCCAAUGAAGCGUGAUUGUUGUGCCUAAGAACUGGAAGCGUUCUACCACUUUUGUAAACAGGACGUUGCUAACUUGUACACUUGGAUCCUAGAACAGUAGAACCACCGGGUUUAAAUUGGACUCGCUUGGUAUUUUUAAAUAAAUGUGUAACUACUAGAAGAAAUCACUGCCGUCUCUGAACCAUGGCUUACACCUAAAUGAAAAAACACAACAAUGAUCAUUACAAAUGAUAAGGAUCAUUUAUACCACGAACCUUCCAGGGGUUAUAUUUACCCCUUUUUUUGAAAUGCUGAGCUCUUCAAUCGUGCUACACUUGGUUGCCUUGCAGUGCUUAUUGGUUACAUAUUUUAAUAACCACUCUCCUAUCCGAUGAGCCAUAGCUAAGAGGAUUAGCUGACAACACAAACAGAUAGGAAACUAGAGUUAUAUAGAAAGAUUAAUAUUUACUGCAGAAUUUAAAGGGGUUGGGAUAUUAAGGGAACAAGGAGCAGGUCAGAAAGGUUGACUGGGCAGGUUGCUGCCUAUGCAAACCAGAGAAUAGCUGAAUCUUGAAUGUACAGGAGUCAAGGGCUGAAAACUGGGGCUGGAGUAGACUGUGUGGUGGAUCUUCCAGAGCUUAUGUCUUUUUAGUAGUCUUGACUAUAGGAUGGGAUGAUGGUGGGGCUCUACUCCAACUGACUCUUUAUUGUGCUUAGUUGACAGUGUUGUCUUCUGCUACUCUAUAAUUCAAGGUUCACUAUGUUGGUGGUGUCAGGUUUCCAUUUAGCAGCAGUAAUAAUGUAGUAGCCACAAUGGCCCUACUGCGGUGAAAGAGUUUAGGUAUACUUACAACAGUCUCUGUAAAUUCUGGGAGUAAAUGCCUAAAUUUAUGUCUAGAUAUUGGCUCUAACAUGAAUUCUCUCCUUUAAAGCAACCAGUGAAUUUUCCUCCAUCAAUGCUGUUGAUAAUUAAUUAAUAAUAACAGCAAACCUCUUGUGACUCUCCAUUAACUAAGGAGCUGACGCUAGAUGGUAGUUUGCGUAGCAUAAAGACUGGAGAUGGGUAAAUGGACUGGUUCUCAUAUAGUGCUUUUUUUACUUGAGUACUCAAAGUACUUUAAACACCAUUCACACACACAUUCAUACAAACACUUUUUUAGGGAUUGAACCACCUACCGCCUGUCUAGUGAUGACAUGCUCUAACUCCUGAGCCACCUACCUGAGUAGGUGUUGUUUCAUAAUAAACCAAAUCCAUGAACAAAUUAUGUCUGAAAAUGACCAGUGGCUGCUAAUUUGUUUGCCAGGAACAUCGAUGAUUUUUGUAAUUUCAGUGUUUCUUUUUCAGCUUUGGAGUCUUCAGUUAGUAUAGAGAAGGUACAAAGCAGUUUUAAACCACACAAGUUCAGUUUAACUGGACUCUGUUGUUCUGUUAGAUGUAUUCCUAAUAGAGAGAGCUUCCAUUCUAUAGUAUGCUGAGCUUUCCUAAAGUAACUAGCUACAUUAUCAUUGGAAUAAAAUGCAUUCCUGUUAACAAUUAUAAAUGAAAAGAACCCAAAUAAGUCAUACAUGAAAACUCCUAUCCAUUAUUCAGUGAGAAAAACAGAUGUGGUAACAUAUCCAUACACAGUUUUUGGUUACCUUGGCACAUACCUGCAGUUUCCCAAACAUGAUGUUUAUUUCUUCUUUAAAAAGGGACUAAAAAAUUGUGUAUAUGUUUUUGAACCCUGACUUUGUUUUGUACAUUAUCUUAUCUUUAAGCCUGGAUUUGAUGUGAUUAGAUUUAUUGCUGUUCCCUGGUUAGAUGCCCAGGUUAUGAACAAUGUGAUGGUGUAAUAAACAGUUUGCUAGAGUUCUGCAAAUACUUGUAAUCGUGGCUGUUCAUAAGUAUUUUUCUAGAAAAGCUUCUAGUGUACAAAUCACUGACUGUGCUGGGGUGAAAAUAAUUCUCUGCGUUUCUGUGUAUCAACUACAGAACAUUUGGUUCUUGUUAUGUAUGCCUGUUAGCUAUUUCUGUGGCCAAAUAUGUGUCUGGUUGCAUCUCUGACCACACCCAACAGAGAUGUCAUAAUGUAGCAAUGAUUUAGCUACAACCGUAUACAUCACUGCUAUAAAACUCUCCUCUACUAAACCUUUAUUGAUUUGUUUUUGAAUAUUAUUCUUUUGCUUUGCUUGUCUUGUUUUACACUCUUUGUAAAUUACUUUAACUGUGUGAGACUUGUGUCUCAUUGAUUCCUUACCUUCAAUAUUAAAAGACUGCUGUCUGGAAAUGUGUGGCUCCAAAUACUCCUGUGUAGUGUUUUGAAAAUUGAAAUUUAUGGGGUGGUUUUGUAUUGUUUCUAUCAGUUUGUUUUUGGGGAUGUUUUUGUUAACCAGUGCUUGUGAAAACUGAACCUAAUGUUAGAUUUUGAAUGAGAAAAGUUUGCUGAAGUCAUUGUGUCAACCAUUUUUUUUCACAAAAAUUCAACUUGACCCAUUUUCUUUUUGUUACUCUUAAAAAAUUGAACAUGGACUGUCUUUGGCUUUUAAAUUAAAGCCAACAGUUUUCUGGGCAUAACAAAAUGUCUAUUUAAAUAAUCUGAAAAUCAUUAAUUAAAGGCCACAUGCACAGAAUGACAGAUGGUUUUCAGUAGACAUUUGGUAGACAGUAUUAAAGGGUCAUAAGAUUAAAAAUCUUGGAACCACUGCUGUUGGAAGAUAACACACUGACCUCAGUAUUCUGUAAAUUCCUGACCACAGCUGUAAAUCACUAUGACUCUUAACUGUAAAGGGCUUGAAAUGAGAGCAACACAAACUAACACAUUUUGCACUGCAGUUUGCAUUUAGCCUGGCACUGCUACACUGUCUAUUUGAGCUGGAAUGCACAGCUGCUACUGCUGCUGUCUUUGUGAAUACAUAUUUUCAUUAGCGAGAUGCGUGUGUGCCAAGAGCCCCCUGUGGUGUGCAAGCUGUGAUUCAGGAAUGCUUACCUUUCAGCUUGCAGUUGUUGAGGAAAGAUAGCAGAAUUGGAAAACUACUGAAGGCUGGGGGCGGGGCUGGGUGACUUUGUGU